GUUUGGUGUAGUGUUUGUGUAUUGUGUGGGAAGUUUUGUGUUGUGAAUUGUGUAUUACAUCACUAGGGAGCCCUGGAUAAAUGUGGCUGCAACUUCUCUGCAUAAUGACGAAGAACCCCUUUUCAUGUCCUGGGACCGGCGGACUCGACGUGGCCGCCCUGCCGUAGAAGGAGUCCUCCACGACCACCGCCCCCACACACACGAAAGCGGUGGCGGAGACGGAAGGAGAGGCACUGUUGGUGGAGAGCGUCGCAAGACUCAUCCUCCAGCUCGGAGGACGAGCCUACGCACCCCUCGUAUAGCUAUCACUCAGACACAGAAACCAACAUGCCGUGUGGGUUUGAAAACUCAGCGAUGAAGUCGAGUUUCUCGCUGUCCUCGCUGCAGCCCUCUAGCACCAAUCUAGAGAGUCCAGAGCACGCGAGGGUGGUGGAGCGACCCUACAACUCCCUCAGGAAAACCUGCAGAAGAGAAAGAGAUGCUGAGAAAGAUUCCUGGAGAAGAUCCUGGGACAGGAGAGAAGUAACGAAUGAUCAAUUCUGGAACGCUCUUGAAGAACCAAACUACCUCUACUUAAUGGAUUGUAAUUUAAUAGAUAGUUGUAAGGAGGUGAGGAACGAUCUUCACUACAGCUGUUCACCGUCUCAUGACUGGAGCUUUGACCAGUUCUGCGCUCAGUUUACAGAACUCGACCAAUGGCUCACAAGUAUCCAGGAGACUAUAUACAACAAGGAGGAGAACGUCACCGAUAGAAACUUAAGACUGAGUCACAUAGAAGAGAUGCACCACAAAACGUACAAGCGGAAAGUGUUCAACAACCAAGGUGGCCGGCUGGCAGCCAAGUUCCCUGGAAUGAAAGAUGAGGUCAAACGACGCAUGACUCAUCUGAACCGCAAGUGGGAACGGCUGGAGCAGACGGUUACGCCAAGGAAACACUCACGAGUCGAUACCUCUCACCUCGAACAUCUCCCAGAUGUGGAACACCUUCUGAACUGCCUUAGGAAAUGGUUAAGGCUAACGGAGAGAAAACUGCAGCCAAUCAACUUCAGAGUGAUCUGGACGCUAGCAGAACUAGAAGCUAAGGCCAAAGAACACCAGAGUAUCCAACGUCAGGUAGAGUUUCUGGGCAGGUCUGUCAGCUCGGUGUUGAAGCAGUGCGAUCUGCUGGUGCAGGCGGAGGCCGAGAAGUCGAGAGAGGCGGAGCCCCCAGACACCCAGGGGCGACGACGAGGUCGCUUGGACGCCGCUCAGGCAGUGAGGACAGCCAAGGAUCUGCAGAGACGCUGGCAGCACCUGACCAUCAGGAGUCUAGAGUGGCAGUGUCACAUUGACAAUCAGACCAAGCGUGCCGAGGACAAGGAGCCUGAAGUCGCCUCUCCCUUAGACAGUGACGAAGGAGAGCCUGUUCACAAACACCCUAGACUUGGCAGCAGCCCUUGGCAUUCGUCCUACGAUCAGGAUGAUGAUGGUGACUAUUUAAUGGAUCAGAGCUCGUGCUCAACGAACGACAUGGUUGGCCCCCAGAGCGAACUCGCCUCCUUACCCCCUACCUUCCCUACCGCAACCUCCCCUACACUCCUCGUCCGCUCUGGGACCACGGAAGAAGACUUGCUCAACGACAACUACACUUUAUACGAUCGACGGCAAGGCGUCAGUGUACCACUUGACGCCGCCAGGAAACUCUUCAGUGAUGAAAGUUCUAUAUUCACAAGUGAACCUACCUCUUUGGGGAUAAAUUCGUCAGACCGGCCUGCACAGAACUGCGCGACCUUCUACUUCAAACACUGCGACACGGAGUCAGAGCAGGAGGACAGGGGCAGAGAGAGGGAGACGGAGGAGACGGAGCCAGUAGCGAUGGACACGGACAACAACAAGGAAGACUCGUCGGAGGAGGAGUGGACGUACAAGUGUGGCGAAGACUCUGCCUUUACACACUCUACAGAGACACUGGCCUCCGCACCAAGGUCUACUAAGCCAGAGUCUCAGCCACUGCCCAAGCCUCAGCUGCAGAAACUGAUAGAAGGAGCUGUAGAGAUUGUCCACUCCUCCCCCUCCCGACCCCGCACCUUCCCUCCUCUUAUCUUUGAGACUGCUCGGGCCAGGUCCAAAGUCAGCGACUGGAUGAUGAGGGCUUGGGACCCCGAAGACUGCAAGGGAGAGAGCUGUGAUGCCAGUGGAGAGUACACCACUGAGGAAGAGGAGAGACAAUCCUCGGGAGACUUCAACCACUCUGCCUUCCUGCCUUCACACAACAGCACGGAGGUUCUGUCUACCCUGGAUACUACUCUGACUGAGAAACAUCCCCCAGUCAGUCCUGUCAAUGUCCCGGAACACUUCAAGAUCUCCCCAGUAGUCCUAAGAGCCAAGAGGAAGGAGGGAACACCCAAGAGGCCGCUCAGUGAGUCGGGACUUCCUCAGAUUGUGAACGGAGACGAGAAACUGCUUCAGUGUCGUAGUGAGUCUGCGCUUCAUCAGAUAGACCACACACCCACGCAGAGUGUCAAGAUGGAUACGUCAGUACACACGACUUUGUCAUCGUCCACAGUGGAGGAGACUGUAGGAGGUCAGACACAAGAGGGCAGUUGCGGCGGUUACAGUUCCAACUCUCUGCGGCGCAGGAAGAUCAAGAUGCGCAAGCGGAACUUGGGCAAGAAGAGUGAGUCAGGGUCAGACAAUCACGACCCACCGUCCCCACUCAAGUCCCCGCACGCAGUUGCUCGACGUGUUGCGUCUAGUGGCACAGAGACAGAGGAGGACGCGGAGGUAGAGCUGCGUAACCGCAUUGCACGACGCAAGUGCAGCACAACUCCCAACUUCAAAUUAGGCCCCGAGGGUCUGGUCACUGUGUUUUCAACGACAGAAAAAGCCCUCUCGGCUGAUAGCUCUUUCUCUGAGCAGGCUUGGGACAACUACCAGGAGAAGUACAUGAGUGAAGCGUACAGUGAGGAUGCCCCAGACCAGGAGACUGCUCGCAGACUGCUGGAGUUUGGUGAGGACUAUCGUAACUUUCUGGACAGCCAAUCAGACGGCGGCGCCUCCAGCCUGGGGCUUGGCCGUGGCGGCUACCUGAGACGGAGAAAGUACCUUGCUGUAGAUAGUGACAGUGGAGGCCCAGAGUUACAAAAUCUUAUUGCAACGUCUCUGUCUCAACUCAAACACUCGGAGAUGGCCUGGAGCAAGCUGUCAAAAGCCAACCCUCUCCUGGUCAUGGCUAAGGACUUUGCGGAGAUCAUAUCAAUAUGCAAGGAAAAUAUUUCUGCGCUGAAGUGUUUCUUGGACAAAAGUGAACAAGGAAAUGGAUAUAUUGAAGAGUGCCGAGAGAUGAAAGGCAUGAUGGAGCAGUGGCACAACCUGAGGAUGAGGACGGAUGAGCUGGAGAGGAUGAGGUCGCUACAGAGAGAGAUGGUGGCUCUGAGAGUAGAACUGGCAGACCUUACCUCUAGAGUGGCAGACACUAGGAGCGACACGCUGGAGGACCGAGACCAGCUGGAGCUCAAGAUUGUACAAGUCAAGACUGAGCAAGCCAACCUGAGAGAGCGCAAAGCUCAGCUGGUGGAGGUCAACUCAGCUGUUCACAAGUUCUUCACAGACUCUGCGCAGAGUGAGGCCGGACUACAAGCUGCUCAGCGGCUCAAGGAGGAUAUCAACGAACUCUACUACGUCUGGGACGAGACCAACAAGAGAGUGUCAGAGCAGCUAGACAGUCUAUCACAGCUGUCAGCUACGUGGCAGACACUAGAGUCUCAACUGACGGAGUUGACAGUAGCUCUGCGCUCGGACCAACAGACUCUGCGCAUGCUGGACUCUGCGUUGCGUGACGGCGUCGGUGUGCAGAACGUGGCCUCCUCAGUCAUUGAUGUUGCCAAGGUGCUCAGUGAGAAACAAGACCUCCGCUCACAGCAGAGUCUCUGCGCCCUGAACGCCACCACUCCUGUGAUCCUGGUGUCAGAAGGCUGUCCAGAGUCAGACUCUGGUAUCUCUGACUCAGGCUCGGAGCUGGAGAGUGAGAGAGAGAGAAGACUCAGCGCGCUGCGACGGCUCGCUCACCAACUGGACACUGUAUUGAGUCCCAACAGUCAAGCCAUCAAGGACAUAACUAGGAGGAUAGACGAGGCAGAGACGGAGCUGAGGCUGCUGCAAAACACCUGUAGGAAGCUGAUAGUGAAAGUAGCUCUGAGUGAGGACCAUCAGACAUCCUCCCUGCGCACCUCUACGUCAUCACUGGCUCACAAAAGUGACGACGUAGACUCUGGACCCAUGAGCUUCAUGCCGUCAGACCCGGACAGCGACCCGGACCGAGGCUCGUCCACCCGUGGGUGGCUGUGGCGGGUGUUCCGGGCCAGUGUUCCCUUCCACAUUGCCUUGCUCGUGAUCCUCUGCGUCGGGUACCUGUUAGAGCCCCAGUGCUGUGACCGAAUGCUCAGCAAACCUUUCUUCAGCAUCAAGUAUCCCAACGGAGUCGCAAUGUAAAUACUGGAAGAACUCUACUACUUAAUUGUUUAUUAAUAUUUACGUGUGAACUUUUGUGAUUCUGUUUAAAAUACCUGGGAUUUGUGCUAAAGUUUUUAAAAUGGAUGAUACAGAAUUUAGUUCUAUUGGCAAAAAAUUACGCUAUAGAAUUGUAUUGUCCUUAUUGGAGAUGAUUACUUGUGCCAAUAUCUAAGAGUAGAGGAGGGAAAAAUAUUUUUAUCUUGUAACAAUGUACAGUAGAACCUUGAUAACAAGACUCUCAUAGGGAUUGUAAAAUAAUACUUGUUAUCAAGGUUGACUUCUUAUCGAGGUUUGUAAUAACAUGUGAUUAGGGGUAAAAUAAUUUUAAUGGGAUUUGAAAAUGACACUUGUUAUCAAGGGCGACUUGUUAUCGAGGGUCUUCUUAUCAAGGUUCCACUGUAUAAUGUGUAACAUUUGUAACAACUUACUAGGCAAUGAUUAUUGAAUCCUUUUUUUAAAAGAUAUUUAUUAAGAUGGGUACAAUAUAAAUAAACGUUACACAAAUUUACUCUCGGUAUUUUAAACAGACUGAAAAGAGAUUUUAUAAUUAUCUUAAUCUAUAAGGAUAAAUUAAUGGUUUAAAUGAAUGCAAUUGUUCGACUUCUGUUACUGAUUUCGUUCCUAUGUGAUUUUCUCCUAACCAUAAGCAUUUGAACUAUACAUUUUUAUAAAUUAUGUCUUUUACAUUCUUGUUAACGAGUAAGGUAGGAAAAUAGACUUUAAACUGAUCGCGAGGUCCUGAUGUUGUAAAUAAGUACAGAUAUUCUAUGAAUAUUUUGUUUCAUUUUAUAUUAAAAAACAUUUUUUAUAUUUGCUUCUCCCCUGCGAUUUAUGAUCCUGAAUGUUUGUUGAAAUUACUUUAUAAGUAUUAUAACUUCGCACUGUGGUAUUUCUUUUAAAGCUACUGUCAUAAUUUUCCCUAAGUAGUUGGGGUUAUGAAAUGAAUCGCUUGUAACAGUCAGCGAUAUAAUGUCAAUAUAUAUGUUUAUGAGAGUUGCAUUCAUUUGUAUGUAAACAACUUGAGAGUUGUGUAACAUUCUAACUUGUUUUGUCUUACUUUCAUUAAUGAAAUGUUCUUUUAACAUGUGUUUGAACGAGAUGGUUUAUGUGUAUGGGUUGGCAAGUCUAGGCCUUGUUGGAAAGUUUGUGCCUUGUAUCGUGUCGGAUGUGUUAGGGCUAGAACUGAGUAACUCAGGGGAAGAUAAAUUAUUUUAAACAAAUGCCUGAUGGAACAUCAGUAUCAAUUAGUGAGAUUCGUAUUGUAAAUGAUUAAACUGUGCCAUUUUGAAAUUUAAUCUUUUGGUUGUAAAAUAAUCUAUCUUCACUCUUGGUGUAGUUUGUGUAUUAGGUUAGAUUUACCUGUAUGUAGGCUAGCAUCUUGAAGGAUGGUUAUAACAAUCAAACAUUGUAUAUCUGAGUCUUUGUAUUUUUUUACUCUGUGUUUGUGUUUCCAUUGCCUCGUGUUUUAAGCCAAACCAUAACAUUCUCAGUUGUAUUUGGGCAAAGAAUAUUUGUUGUUUUGUUAGAAACAAUACAGAGAAGUCCUCACAAUAAAUAGGGGUUAGCAGGGGCCAACUUCCGGUAAGAUAUAAAAUGAAGAAUAAUUUUUACAGUUUUAAGAGAUAACUAAAAUAUUGUUCUUCGCAAUGUAAUGACUGUAGUUACCAGAAUACAAAUUUUUAGAGAAUAAUUUGAAUAAGCAAGAAUACUUUUAAAGUUCUAUGAAAAUCAUGAAAUAAUUUUACUUUAGAUAGAAUAAUUCAAUACGCUAUUGUUUUGUUGAUGACUGUAUUUUAUACGAUAUUGAUUUAAUUUUAUUCAACUCCAUGAGUAAUAUUGUUUUUGUUCCUAUUUUAUUUUACGUUGUUGUUUUGUUAUUUACCUAAAAUAUUUAUAAAAUUUACCUUUAAUUAUUUAGUCAUAGGAUUGUCAACACUCGGUCUUCCCAAAAUUUAAAGGAGACUGUUUAGACAUUUGUAUGAAAUUGGGAUUUGAAGAGCACAAUUGAAAACGUUCUAGUUUUUUACAUGACGUUUUGGGUAAUAAUAAGUUUCGGUAUUACUUCUAAGCCAACCAAUUGCUGCAACAGCAAAAUUACCAAUAGUACAUGAGCAUAACUACUUCAUCUGAGGCUAAUGUUUCUGUACUCAAUAAUUGUUGUGGUAGCCACAUAAUAAAAAAAGAAAAUAAAAAAAUGUGUAAAUAACAAA